GCCCAGUUGAUCUCAACCCUUUUUGUUGUUUAGUGUAUUUUUCCAAGGAUUUUCCAGCAGCUUGUUCUUGUUCAUGGAAUUUUCAGGUAGAUAUCGGUUUUAACACGUAAGUGAAAUGGACAUUGACCCUGAUGAAGACAAAUCACAGCACAAUCUACAGGAAGAAAGAUUGUCCUUACAAUCACAGAGAGAAUGUGAUGAAAUAUCUAAUAAUGUUUUUCCUCCUGUAGGAGGUCGUCACGUUAUUUCUGUAAUAGGCGAGUCACAACCAGUUUAUGUCAGCCAUAUUGGUCCUCAUUAUGAGCCAAUGGAUGAAAGUUCUGAUAAUGACACACCUAGAGUACCAAGAUACAGUCUCACUACUACAAGAAACCAAACUUUCAAUAUUGAACAAAACCGUUACGAAUCUUUUAGGGGUAAUUGGCCCUCUUAUUCUACUGUUUCAGCUGAUUCAUUAGCUAAGGCAGGUUUUUGCUAUCUAGGUCCAAAUGAUCGAGUUGAAUGCGUAUUUUGCAAUGGAAUUUUAGCAAAUUGGGAACAAGGAGACAACCCUCAAACUGAGCACAGCAAACAUUUUCCUAAUUGUCCAUUUGUUAAGGGACAUCAUGUUAAUAAUGUACCUUAUCAGAGACAUAUUGCUUCUAUUCAACGGAAUAUACCUGCUCAAAUUAGAACAACACUAUUAUCUCAUCACCCUUCAAAACAGGAAAUUAAACAUCCUCAAUAUCGCAUUAAAGCUGAAAGAUUAGUCACCUUUAAUGAUUGGCCUUCACAGAUGAGACAAAAACCUGAAGACUUGGCAGAGGCUGGCCUCUUCUAUUUAGGUCAUGGAGAUAAAGUGAAAUGCUUUGUUUGUGAUGGAAUGUUACAUUCAUGGGAAUAUAAUGAUGAACCAUGGAUAGAGCAUGCUAAAUGGUUCCCUUAUUGUGACUAUGUCAAAAUGGUGAAAGGAGAGGAUUUUAUUAAAGGGGUUGAAAAUGGAGAAAUACAGACAUUACAUCAAAAGGAAGCUGUCGACUCCUCGUCUUCCUUGAAGAAAUCAGAUAUAUGUACUCAAAGAGUUGAGAAAAGAGUUCAAAUGGGAGGUACUAAAUCCAUAUUAGAAAGGAAAGAAAGUAUGACAAUGGAACCAAAAAAUGAAGAGUAUACUUCCCUGAUAGAAGAAAAUCGUAAUCUAAAGGAUCAGAGAUUAUGUAAAAUCUGUUUGGAGAAUGAAAUAAGUAUAAUAUUUUUACCAUGUGGACAUGUUUGUUGUUGUGGAGAGUGUUCAAUGUCUGUGAAGGCUUGUCCCAUAUGUAGAAAUGAUAUUGAGAGAAGAACAAAAGCAUUUUUACCUUAAUGCUUUUACCAAGGAUGAAAUCAGACAAAAAAAAAAAUUGCCUGUAAUAGAAAUAGUGAAGAGAUAUAGAGAAUUAUUAAAUAUGAUAUUUGAUAACUU